AUACGCUGGCCCAUGUUUCCUGUACCAGUUUUUUCAACACAGUUCAAUAAUCAUAACUAUUAACUAGUCUAGAUCUAGAUCUAAUAAUCCAAGACCGUGUCUUAUAGAUCUAUGAUAGAUCUAAUUAAACUAGACUAGAGAUGAGUUUUGACGCCACAAAAGAAUUCGCAGAUUAUGGGGAUACAGUUAUAUUGUAUACAGGAUACGACAGAAUGCUUUCCUUUAUUUUGGAAGACGGAAAGACUCACCAGACGAAGUAUGGGGCAGUAAAACAUGCUUCGUUGGUAGGAAAACGAUAUGGAACUCGAGUUCAGUGUGCUAAUGGUUGGAUUUACAUGCUCCAUCCUACUCCAGAGCUAUGGACUCUUUGUCUCCCUCAUAGAACCCAAAUUCUAUAUACUACAGACAUCAGCAUGGUGAUAUUCAAUUUGGAUUUACGUCCUGGGUGCAAGGUAGCAGAAGCAGGCACUGGCAGUGGAUCCUUAUCUCAUGCUCUUAUUCGAUCAAUUUUACCAACUGGCCACCUCUACACAUUUGAAUAUCAUCAAGAAAGAAGUGAAAAAGCUCGAGAGGAAUUCUCCCAACAUCACCUGUCAGAUUAUGUGACAGUUACUCAUAGAGAUGUUUGUGGUGAAGGUUUCCAGUUAGACCACUGUGUUGAUGCAGUCUUCUUGGAUUUGCCAAAGCCAUGGGAGUGCAUAAAAAGUGCUAAAGAUGCUAUCAAGAAAGAAGGAGGAAGAAUCUGUACAUUCUCUCCAUGUAUAGAGCAAGUCCAGCGUAGUUGUGAAGAAUUAAUCAGAAAUGGUUUUACAGACCUUACAACUGUUGAAUGUCUCACCAGAAAGUUUAAUGUCCAGAAUGCAAAACUCCCGAACAUUUUAUUGGAGGAUCCUCUGCCUGCAGCUGAGCAACACUCCUGUGAUGUCUCUGACGUUAAAAAAAUGAAAGCAGAAAUCACUGCAUCACCCAGUGACUCUAAGUCUGAGAAAACAAAUGGGAGCUUAAAAACUCAUUGUUUUUCUGCUGCUGCUCCCGUUAUUACAAUGCCAGGUCAUACAGGGUUUCUGACAUUUGCCUCAGUUUUCCCUGUGUAAUCACAUGUUGAAUGUUGACAAUGUAACUUCAUUGACAGUGCUUUUACUUUAAUAAAUUUAACUUUUAAUGUUUUAUUUGUAUUCCUUCUAUCUGUGCAUUAAUUUUACAAUUGUUUAUUUUUAAAAUAAUCAUUGGAGUUAAAAUAAAGUUAAUGAUUGUUUAUGUUAUAAGUUGUUAAUCAGGCAGCAUACAAAGAUAACUUUGAAAGCGUGAAUAUAUCUAUCAGUAUUUAGCAUCUGCUGCUUUGAAAAUUAUGAAGCCUAAUGUGACUUUUCUUUCAAUGGAGUUGAUCAACAUUAAUGUCUUUUUUUAACAGUACACUAACUUGUAUCAACUUGGGAGUUUAAAAACCCAAUUAACUACAAUUAACAUUUAUCAUAAAGCUUUAGAUUACAAAUACUCAAAAAGGAAAAAAAAAC